UACCUCAACACCCGAAAUUGAUAACGACCACUUCCCGACGCCCCUGGAGGAAAUUCAUGGAUGCAACUAGCUCACAGGCCUCUUGGAAACUGCCGCGCUGCUGACAUAUUCUGGAAAAGCCGAACUUGGUGGAUGCUGUGAGCUGCAAACGACGCUAGGGAAGCUCAAGGGACGGGCCCUUGGCUGGUGAAGGCAACGCGAUUGAGACAGUCGAUGCGAAUAUCCAAGCAAGGGAGACAACGACCUAAGUACCGGACACAACCUCAGCCACAAUCAUGGCUGAUUCUCUACACAAUGCGCCCAUAGUCCUUGACAACGGGUCUGGGACUAUCCGAGCUGGUUUCGCCGGCGACGAUUUGCCCAAGUGCUUCUUCCCCUCGUGGGUCGGUCGACCGAAGCAUCUGAGGGUGCUUGCGGGUGCGCUGGAGGGCGAGGUAUUCAUAGGCGAGAAGGCCGCCAACGAGUUGAGGGGAUUGCUGAAGAUUCGGUACCCCUUGGAACAUGGAAUCGUCACCGAUUGGGACGAUAUGGAGAAGAUUUGGGAGUACGUGUACGGUGAAGGGUUGAAGACUCUUAGCGAAGAGCACCCAGUUCUCCUGACUGAGCCUCCCCUGAACCCUCGAAGCAACCGCGACACCGCCGCCCAGAUCCUCUUUGAGACCUUCAACGUCCCCGCCCUACAUACAUCCAUCCAAGCCGUGCUAUCGCUAUACGCCAGUGGCCGAACGACUGGUAUCGUCCUUGACUCAGGUGAUGGUGUCUCGCACGCAGUACCCGUGUACGAGGGUUUCGCCAUGCCCAGCAGCAUCCGCCGGAUCGAUGUUGCUGGCCGAGACGUCACCGAGUAUUUGCAGACGCUACUACGCAAGAGCGGUUACAUCUUCCACACGAGCGCGGAGAAGGAAGUUGUGAGGUUGAUCAAGGAGAGUGUGUCAUACGUAGCGCAUGACCCACGGAAAGAGGAGAGGGAUUGGAUGGGAGUGAAGCCCAAUGAGAGCAAGUUUGCCGAAUACGUCCUCCCCGACGGCCACAAGCUCAAGAUUGGCGCGGAGCGCUUCAGAGCCCCCGAGAUUCUCUUCGACCCCGAGAUCAUUGGCCUCGAGUACCCCGGCGUGCACCAAAUCGUUGUCGAUGCCAUUAACCGGACCGACCUGGACCUGCGAAAGUCCCUCUACAGCAACAUUGUCCUCUCCGGAGGCAGUACCCUGACCAAGGGCUUCGGUGACCGUCUCCUGACGGAGCUGCAGAGGCUCGCCGUGAAGGACAUGAGGAUAAAGAUCUUUGCGCCCCCAGAGCGGAAGUAUUCGACAUGGAUUGGUGGUAGUAUUCUUGCUGGCUUGAGUACUUUCCGAAAGGUCUGUCAUUCCGCUACCCCCUCGCGUUUUCCAGAAGGCUGACUUGAAUUAGAUGUGGGUGAGCAUUGAUGAC